AUGUCCGAUCGGGAUCAUCGGAAACCCUUGCUCCUAGCCCUCGCUGGGGCAGUCGCCCUCACUGUCGCCUAUACCUACACACAACAUGCGAAACCCUCGCGAACAGAGCCUCAGAUUCGACAUUUGGCUGCUCAAAGUCACGAAGCCCUCGCCUUCUAUUCCUCGGCCGGCGAAUGGUAUUACUGCGGUGGAGCGACGACACAGUUGAACGAGCGAUCCGCAGUCUCGAAGGAGGCCUGCAAUCUGGGUAAUGGAUAUAACAUGACUACCCCAGUGCACAGACAAGCGGUGGACCUGACGCUGAUCCCGUCUAAUCUGAGCUCGAUCAACGACUACCUCCUGCAAUAUGAUCCGGCGCAGCUGUCCCCUCAGCAGCAAGAACAUCCCCUCCUUCAUCUCCACGAGGCGCCUCUUUGUGCAGAACCUCCUGAAUGA